CAAUCAAAAAUGUAAUUUUUGCACUACUUUAAUAAUUACAUUAAUUAUUUACUUAUUUGAAAUGAAGAAGAUAAUAAAAUACUUUAAGGAUUUUUAGUCCUAGACUGAGUUUGAGAUUGUAUUGAGAAGAAUUUUAGAGAGUUCUAAAGUACAACUAGUAAAUGAACUAAAAUACUAAGUUCUAUAGGAGGGAUUCAACGGAUAAAUAGAAGAAUUACAUGUUCAACAAUCCUUUAAGAUUUUAUAUAAACAUUUUAAAUCAUGCAGGAAUGAUGUUGCUUCCCUCAAAAUAUUAAUAAUUAUUCACAGACUUCUAUUGUCAUGUAGGGAUUUUGCUGACCAUAUUGAUUUAGAUUAGGUUUUAUCCUAUUACAGACAGCCAAUUUAAUAACUCCCUAUUUUACAAUAAUUAUAUUAGAAUUUAAUUUUUUAAUAUCGAGACUAUCUGAAAGGGAUUGCAGAAAGAAACCAAUAUUUUUUGUUGUGCUCAGGGAAAAUUAAUGACUUUUAUCAAAUGGAUUUCAAAAAUUAAUUAGCAUCAUAAAUUGUAAUUGUUUGUUUAUUGAAGAAACUUAAAUUAUUUAUUCCAUAUAUUGAGAAUAUUUUAGUAAAAAAAUCAAACAGUUUAAUAUAAAAUCUUAUAAUGUUGAUACUAAAUGAUGCUAAGAAUUUAUAUGAAUUUAUAGCGUAAUUUUGUUUUAUAAAAUCAAUGUGGCUUGUGAAAUUUUUACUAAUUUAGAUCGUAUCCUGGAACCGUCUCCAGAUAACACCGCAAAUAUGCUAAUGUAUUAAUUUGAAUUAUUGGAUAAUUAAGUUAUUUUAAUUAGCAAAUUUAGCAGAAAUAAAAGAUAAACUAGAAUUUCCAUAAAUUUUUGAAAUAAACAGUGAACAAAAUAAAGAAUACGAAUUAUAUAUUUAGUUAAUUAGAAACAAAUACGAGAUGAGAUCCCCCGAUUCUUCUCCUAAAUUUUAGGAUUUGACUUAAUUGAAAAAAUAAGAAGAGUUUUAGAUAAUUCUCUUAAAGCCUUAAUAGCUGAACACAGUAUUAGGAUAAUCAGAAAGACCAUUAGAGUAUAUCGAAUCAAAUAUGUGA